CCUGACACGUGGACGCAGCCGCGGGAGACGCGGAUCCGGUUCUGGGUCCAGGUCCAGGUCCAGGUCCAGGUCCAGGUCCAGGUCCAGGUCCAGGUCCAGGUCCAGGUCCAGGUCCAGGUCCAGCAUCCUGCCACGAGCGCGGAUCUGCGCGUGCACGCCCGGACCGGUCCGUCUCCCCGGCAACAGCGGGACUGGACACCUGUCGGAUCAGGUGCGCGGCGGAUGCUGCAGCUGGUGGUUCGGGGUUUGGAGUGGGUUUUAGAAGGUGCGCGUGGACGUGGACGUGGACGUGGACACCCAUGAGAGUCACAGCAACAGCUGGACGUGAAGACGCGCUUCCACUCGCGCUCUGAAGGAUUUAUUCUCAGGAUCCAGAGAUGAUGAGGGGAGUCUGGAGAGCGCGUCUCUGCGCGCUGCUCUGCUGCGCCGCGGUUUGGAACCCGAGGUCCGAUGCUAAUUCCACACGCAACUCCAAGGACAUCGCGACCUUCACCAGGAUCCUGGACAGUCUGCUGGACGGCUACGACAACCGGCUGAGACCCGGACUGGGAGACCGAGUGACGGAGGUGAAGACGGACAUCUACGUGACCAGCUUUGGACCCGUGUCCGACACCGAUAUGGAGUACACGGUGGACGUAUUCUUCCGGCAGAGCUGGAAGGACGAGCGUCUGAAGUUCCACGGGCCCAUGAACAUCCUGCCGCUCAACAACCUGAUGGCCAGCAAGAUCUGGACGCCCGACACUUUCUUCCACAACGGCAAGAAGUCGGUGGCCCACAACAUGACCAUGCCCAACAAGCUGCUGCGCAUCAUGGAGGACGGCACGCUGCUCUACACCAUGAGGUUGACGGUUCAAGCUGAGUGUCCAAUGCACCUGGAGGAUUUCCCCAUGGACUCCCACUCUUGUCCCCUCAAGUUCGGCAGCUACGCCUACACCAAGACGGAGGUCACCUACAUCUGGACCAGGAACGCGUCCCAGUCGGUGGACGUGGCGGCCGACGGAUCCAGACUGAACCAGUACGACCUGGUGGGCCAGACGGUCGGCAAGGAGACCAUCCGGUCCAGCACCGGUGAAUACACCGUCAUGACGGCUCACUUCCACCUGAAGAGGAAGAUCGGCUACUUCGUGAUCCAGACGUAUCUUCCCUGCAUCAUGACCGUCAUCCUGUCCCAGGUUUCCUUUUGGCUCAACCGGGAGUCGGUUCCCGCCAGAACCGUGUUCGGCGUGACGACCGUCCUCACCAUGACGACGCUGAGCAUCAGCGCCCGGAACUCUCUGCCCAAAGUGGCCUACGCCACGGCCAUGGACUGGUUCAUCGCCGUCUGCUACGCCUUCGUCUUCUCCGCCCUCAUCGAGUUCGCCACCGUCAACUACUUCACCAAGCGGGGCUGGGCCUGGGACGGCAAGAGCAUCGUCAACGAGAAGAAAAAGGAGGCGGCCGUCAUGAAGAAGAACAACGCCUACGCCGUGGCCGUGGCCAACUACGCCCCCAACAUCAACAAAGACUCCACGCUGCCCACCGUGUCCAAGUGUUCCCUCAACGACGCCCACAAGACCUCGGGGGACGCCAAGCCCGAGCAGAACAAGAAAACCUUCAACAGCGUCAGCAAGAUCGACCGCAUCUCCCGCAUCAUGUUCCCCGUCCUGUUCAGCAGCUUCAACCUGGUCUACUGGGCCACGUACCUGAACCGGGAACCCGUCAUCAAGGACAUGGACCCCAACUAGACCACAUGGGGGAUCCAGGAACCCGUCAUCAAAGACCUGGACCCCAAUUAGACCACAGGGGGGUCCGGGCCCCCUGGUGUUUGUCUGUUAGUGUGCGUGAACGGAGACGGUCCCUCCUCUAAAACACUGCUGCGGUCGGUUCCAGGUAAACGUUUGUCCAGGUAGACGUUUGUCCGGGUGGACGUUUAUGAAGGUAAAAGUUUGUCCAAGUAGACUUUUUGUUCAGGUGGACAUUUGUCCUGAUAAAUGUUUGUCCGGGUAGACGUUUAUCCAGAUAAAUGUUUGUCCAAGUGGAUGUUUUUCCGUGUGGACGUUUUUCCAGGUGGACGUUUAUCCAGAUAAACAUUUGUCCAAAUAAACGUUUGUCCUGGUGGACAUCUGAUGGUUCUGGCGUCCUGGUAAUCACAACCAGAACGCCGUCCUGCACUAACUUGCUGAUGUUGCGUCCCCCUCAGGUUUGGUGUCCAUCGUCCCCGAAACCUGUUCCCCUUAGCAACCGUGGCGGGAAACACGCUAACGUCAUUUCGAGUAAACGUAGCUACAAUCAGGUUUAUAAUCGCGACUUUUCAGCCGGCAGCACCCGCCCACCAGGGACUAAGCCCCGCCCAUCAGGGAAUAAGCCUCUAACACCCUGUAAUGUAAUAAUUUCCUGAAAAUAUAAUAAACUUUGCACUUAACUCAAUCGAAAAUGUAAUA